AGCCAACCUCAAGAAUCAAUACAAUACAAUAACCUCCAAGUUCUAAACUUGUAGUAUUCUUUUGUGUUCAUUCUUUAUUUUUCUUCCUUUGCAUUGCUUGCCUUCUAAUUCAAAUCAGGUUGGAAAAUUUGGGCAUAUCUUUGGUUGAAAUCUGGUGAGAUCUUGCAUUGUGUGUUGUGGAUUUGGUGGGUCUAUUUCAAUACAAAGCUCUUCUCUUCCCAAACCAUAGAAAAACAAAGACCUAACAGAGCCCACCAAGCAAGAAAAAGAGAAAACCUCUCCUUUCUUCUUUGUUCUUCAUAUUCUUCUCCUAGUUGGCUUCAUCUGCAAUCUUGAAUUGGUGAAAUGGUUAUGGCCAGUGAUUCACAGUUUCAUGUUCUAGCUGUUGAUGAUAGUAUCAUAGACAGAAAACUUAUUGAGAGACUUCUCAAGACCUCAUCAUUCCAAGUUACUGCUGUUGAUUCUGGUAGUAAGGCUUUAGAAUUUCUGGGUUUCAAUGAAGAUCAACAAAGGAACACAGAUCAACGUUCUGUAUCUCCAAACAAUCACCAUGAAGUGGAAGUAAAUUUGAUUAUUACAGACUACUGCAUGCCUGGAAUGACAGGCUAUGAUUUGCUCAAGAAAAUAAAGGAAUCUUCAUCCCUUAAAAACAUACCAGUAGUGAUUAUGUCAUCUGAAAAUGUUCCUUCAAGGAUCAAUAGAUGUUUAGAAGAAGGAGCAGAAGAAUUUUUUCUCAAACCAGUGAGACUAUCAGAUGUCAAUAAGCUUAAACCCCAUAUGAUGAAAGCCAAAUUCAAAGAUCAUGAAAAGCCAGCAAAACAAGAAGAAGAAGCAUCAGAAACACCAGAGGUACAGCAAUCACAACCACCACAACCUCAAAGUAAUAAUAACAAGAGGAAGGCCAUGGAUGAAGGGCUUUCAUCAGAUAGAACAAGACCCAGAUACAGUGGCCUCACUGUGGUCUCUAAUUGAUCAUGACAAGUACUUUUUUCUGUUCCUUUUUGCCCAAUCUGAAAAAUGAAAUUCACAUAACCCUUGUAGAGAGAGAGAGAGAGAGAGAGAGAGAGAGA